GCCGCCGCCUCGCCGUCCUUAUCCCGCCCCACUCCUGCCUGCAUAUCCCAUCGCCGAGGCGACCAGCCAUGACUGAGCCAAAUCCCAAACCGAAGUCCGCCAAGAAAGCGAGGAAGCCCGCCGCCAGCGGGGAGGAGAAGAGCAUGGACGAGCUCAAGUCCGACGCAAGCCCCACCAGACUGAAGUCCACCAAGAAAUCCAAGAAGCCGGCUGCCGACGGGGAGGAGGAGGCCGCGGAUGCGGGCAAGCUCGACGUAAACCCCAACCCCAAGUCCGCGAAGAAGAAGAAGAAGAAGCUCGCCGCCAGUGGGGAGGAGGGCGACCUUGACGCGAUCAAGUCCGACGUCGCCUCGUUCGCCUCCUCUCUGGGACUCGUCCCCGGCGCCGGUAGCUCCUCCGGCUUCGACGACUCCGACUUCCGCAAGUCCGGCCCCAUAAACGCCCCCAAACCGCCCAAGCACCCCCAAACCCCAAAAACGACCCCAAACACCACAAACCCCCAUCCCAAACCCACCAAGAAGCCGCAUCCUCUCGAGCUCCAUGGCUCUCAUACCGCCGCCACUACUAGCGCUGCCACCAAUUACCCGCUGGUAAAGGCGGGUGCUCUCUCUGGGCAGUGGUACGCGGAUGCUGAUGAGCUGGAGACCAAGGUCCUAGGCGACCGUAAGCAUGCCCCACCAGCGAUGGGGCUUCAGGAGAUGCAGCGGCUGGUGGAGCGGAAACGGGAGCUGGCGGAGAAGCUCAUGGCGCAGUACUCGAGGGACUAUGACACGGGGCGGCGGGGGACUGGUGACCUAAAGCUCCUGGAGAUGUCGGCCAAGUCCGGUACAUCGUCCGAUAAGGUGUCGGCGUUCACGUGUCUCGUUGAGGACAAUCCAAUCGCAAACAUGAGGGCCCUUGACUCUCUGAUCGGUAUGGUCGCAUCAAAGGCUGGUAAGAGAUAUGCAUUCACAGGCUUUGAUGCACUGAGGGAAUUGUUUGAAAUGAGGUUAUUGCCAGAUCGAAAGCUGAAAAGUCUUAUUCAGCGCCCAUUGGACAUUUUACCCGAAACAAAAGAUGGCUACUCGCUUCUGCUAUUCUGGUACUGGGAGGACUGCUUGAAACAGAGGUAUGAGAAGUUUGUUAUUGCACUGGAGGAUGCAUUGAAAGAUAUGCUGCCAAGUCUUAAGGACAAAGCAAUGAAGACGGUUUCCACCCUUUUAAAGAGUAAAUCUGAACAGGAGCGCCGGUUACUUACAGCUCUUGUUAACAAACUUGGAGAUCCUGAAAGAAGGGCAGCAUCAAGUGCCGCUUAUCUGUUAACAGGUCUCCUGUCCACUCAUCCCAAUAUGAAGAUGGUUGUGAUAGAUGAGGUGGACUCAUUUCUGUUCAGACCACAUGUUGGGCUUAGGGCCAAAUACCAAGCUGUCAACUUUUUGAGCCAUAUUUUUCGCCAAAAAGGAGAUGGACCUAAACUUGCUAAGCGGUUGGUGGAUGUCUACAUUGCCCUUUUCAAGGUACUCAUGUCUUGCCCUCGUGAUACUAAAGGUGAAAAACAAAGUAAACAUGGCAAGAAAAAAGAUGAAAACGGAAAAACAAAGGGAAGAAAGGACAAGGUCAAUGACUCUAAUUCACAUGAAAGCCAUGAAGUGAAUCCAGCAGCAGGAUCAGAUUUAGAGAUGGAUUCCCGCCUUCUCUCUGCACUUUUAACUGGCGUAAAUAGAGCAUUACCAUAUGUUGCAAGCUCUGAAGUUGAUGAUAUUGUGGAAGUUCAGACACCAAUUCUUUUUAGACUGGUGCACUCUGAGAACUUCAAUGUUGGUGUUCAGUCGUUAAUGCUUUUGUACCAGAUCUCGACAAAAAAUCAGAUUGCAAGUGACCGUUUUUACCGUGCAUUAUAUGCGAAACUGUUGAGUCCUUCAGCUGUUACUUCAUCAAAGCCGGAAUUAUUUCUAGGUCUACUGGUGAAAGCGAUGAAGAAUGAUGUAAUAUUAAAGAGAGUAGCUGCAUUUUCAAAGCGGCUACUGCAGGUGGCUCUUCAACGCCCUCCACAGUAUGCUUGUGGAUGCCUUUUCAUACUGUCUGAGGUUCUUAAAGCAAAGCCACCAUUAUGGUCGAUUGUGCUCCAGAAUGAAUCUGUCGAUGAUGGUAUUGAACACUUUGAGGACAUUGUUGAGAAUCCUGAGGAACCUGCUAUUGCUUCAACAACUCCAAAUAUGCAGGAUGGUAUGUUGGCUUCACAUGAGAAAUACAAUUCUGAUUCUGAGGAUGGUUCUGAUACUACGAAGCAAGCAAGAGUUGUCUCUGGUCAUGAGAAGGGUCAAACCAAUGGAUCAGCUGAGGGGUUGACAUCACAUGUAUUAUAUAAUCCACGACACAGAGAGCCUUCUUACUGCAAUGCAGAUCGUGCCAGUUGGUGGGAGCUAACGUUAUUGGCCUCACAUGUGCACCCUUCAGUAUUUACAAUGGCUAGGACAUUACUAUCUGGGAACAAUAUUGUUUAUAAUGGUGAUCCAUUGACAGACCUGUCGCUUCCUGCCUUCCUUGACAAAUUCAUGGAGAAGAAACCGAAAGGAAACCGCAUUGCUGAAGGAAAAUGGCAUGGUGGAUCACAAAUCGCACCAGCUAAAAAGCUUGACCUGAGUCAUCAUCUCAUUGGACAAGAUCUGCUAGAACUUGAAGAAAAUGAAGUUCCUCCAGAAGAUGUUGUUUUCCAUCGUUUCUACAUGAACAAGACUGGCCCUAUCAAGCCGAAGGCAAAGAAGAAAGCUUCAGUUGUCGAUGAAGAUACUGGAGAGCUCUUAGCUGAUGAAGCUGAUGAUGCUAGUGAUGAAAGCGACGAUGAGAUGCAGGAGCUGGAAGAUGGGUCUGCGUCGGAUGGCGAAUAUGACUACGACAAUCUGGAUGCCAAGGCAUUUGAGGAGGAUGAGGAUAUGCUUAGAGAUGACAGUGAUGUUGAUGAGUUGGUUGACAUUUCAGACGAUGAUGAAGGAAUGGAAAAUGAUGAAGAUGAAGAUGAUGAUCUUAACAUGUCUUUCGUGGACUCUGAAGCCGAGAGUGCUGACGAUUCAGAUGAUAACAUUACUGACGUGAAGGCUGCAUCCCGUGGGCAAAAGCGGAAGCAAGGUGCAAAGAGCAGCUCAACUCCAUUUGCAAGUCUAGAAGAGUACGAACAUCUCAUGGAUGGGAACCCCGAGAACGCGAAGUCUACAUUGAAGAAUAAGAAGAGGAAGCACAAGGAAGCUGGUGACAAUGUAAGCCGUAAGGAGAGUAAGAAACAGUCAGGAUCACGGAAGAGGAAGUCCAAGAGAUCUGAAUGAGAAUGAACAUGAUGGAAAAUGUUCCUGGCGACUAGGUUCGUCAAAGUUUUGUAGUUCUGGAAGACGCAAGUGGAUCAUUUGAUGUGCAAGUAGCUGCAAUAUGUUCAGUUACCUUUUGAAACUUGCUUCCGUCGUUGCUGUGUCACCUCUGUGCCCGGUGGAAGGCUUCCCCAGCAGGAAGAGAGAACGUCCGCAAGGUAUCAUUGCCAUCAGCUAUCUCGUCCUAGCAUAGGUCGCGUGGAACCGCAUGUAUGCUCUAAUUUUGACAUUUGCUGCAUGUUUCAUGCAAAAUUUUGGACAAUUAUGUAAUCUCACCUGAAAUUAUCCCUUUAGUCAUAAAAUCCCUGCGAAAUACAUGUGCUAAAACAUAUAAUUGGUUGACAAAGAGGGGAGGGAACUAAAA